GUACAUUAAUUAAAUAAAUAUUAUAUAUAAUAUAUACAUAUAAGCAAUCUUAAAUAGUUAUAAAUAUUAGUUUGGUUUAUAGAUUAUAUAAUUAAAGAAAUAUACAAAUAUUAAUAUAAAUAAAGAUGUCAACACCAGCUAGACGUAGAUUAAUGAGAGAUUUUAAGAGACUCCAAAAUGACCCACCAGCAGGUAUCAGUGGUGCUCCUCAAGAAAAUAAUAUUUUAAUGUGGCAAGCUGUCAUUUUUGGCCCAGAAGACACUCCAUGGGAAGGCGGUACAUUCAAAUUAUCAUUACAAUUUUCAGAAGAAUAUCCAAAUGAUCCACCACAAGUUAGAUUUUUAUCAAAAAUGUUCCAUCCAAAUGUUUAUACUGAUGGUGCUAUUUGUCUUGAUAUUUUACAAAAUCAAUGGAGUCCAAUUUAUGAUAUUGCAGCUAUUUUAACAUCAAUUCAAUCUUUAUUAUGUGAUCCAAAUCCAAAUUCCCCAGCAAAUUCAGAGUCUGCACGUCUUUUCCGUGAAAAUAAAAGAGAAUACAAUCGUAAAGUAAAAGAAAUUGUUGAACAAAGUUGGAAUUCUUAAAGCAUUUAAAAAAAAAAUUAUAUAAAUAAAUUAUAAAUAAUAAUUAAUUAUAGCAAUGGUAACGAUAACAAUAAAAAUAUCUCACCAAAAAAAAAAAAAAAAAAAAAAAAGACUAAAUAAAAAAUAUUUAUAUAAUAAAUAGUUUGGAAAUCAAAUCCUAAUUAUUAAAUUAUAACAU